UUAUGUUAUGUAAUCUUAUUUUAUAUUCUUUAAAUAAUAUAAUACAAUAUUAUACAUUAUUUUUUAGAAUUGUGAAAUACAUAUAAUAUCUUAUCCGCGCGUAGCGCGGAUAAAAAAUCUAGUUUUAUAUAAUAGCUCCUCCACCUGAACGACAGGAGAAGAAUUAAAAGAAAAAAACCUUAAACUAUUUUCGAAAGGUUUCAUCUUCUUCGAACAGACUUGCGUAACCGAUCUCGCUAUGUCCGUAGCAGACAUCAGGAUGGAGAACGAGCCUGAUGACAUAGCUAGCGACAAUGUAGCAGAGAUUGACGUGAGUGAUGAAGACAUUGAUGCGGAAGACCUUGAGAGAAGGAUGUGGAAGGAUCGUGUACGUCUCAAAAGAAUCAAAGAACGAACUAAAAGCGGUUCUCAAGCGAAGGAAGCGCCCAAGAAGAUCUCUGACCAAGCGCAGAGGAAGAAAAUGUCUAGAGCACAAGACGGUAUACUCAAGUACAUGCUAAAGCUAAUGGAAGUCUGCAAAGUCCGCGGGUUUGUGUACGGCAUCAUACCCGAAAAGGGGAAGCCGGUGAGCGGCUCCUCCGACAAUAUAAGAGCUUGGUGGAAGGAGAAAGUGAAGUUUGAUAAGAACGGGCCAGCUGCGAUUGCUAAAUACGAAGAGGAGUGUUUAGCGUUUGGGAAGUCAGACCGGAAUAGAAACUCGCAGUUUGUUCUGCAAGAUCUUCAAGACGCUACUUUAGGGUCUUUGCUGUCUUCUUUGAUGCAGCAUUGUGAUCCUCCUCAGAGGAAGUAUCCGUUGGAGAAAGGGACUCCUCCUCCGUGGUGGCCGACGGGGGAUGAAGAGUGGUGGGUGAAGCUUGGUCUGGGUAAAAGCCAGAGUCCUCCUUAUAGGAAGCCGCACGAUCUCAAGAAGAUGUGGAAAGUUGGGGUUUUGACGGCGGUGAUCAACCAUAUGUUGCCUGAUGUUGCGAAGAUUAAGAGGCAUGUUCGUCAGUCUAAGUGUUUGCAGGAUAAGAUGACGGCGAAAGAGAGCGCGAUUUGGUUGGCGGUUUUGAACCAAGAGGAGUCCUUGAUUCAGCAGAAUAGUAGUGAUAAUGGAACAUCUAAUGUAACUGAGAUACGCCGGAGAGGUAAUAAUAACGCUGAAAAUAUGGUCAACAGUGACGGUGAUUAUGAUGUUGAUGGGACAGAGGAGGCUUCAGGUUCACUAACAGCUACGUCGCAGCCAGUAAGAGAUCAAGACAAAGCAAAGAAACAAAGGAGAAGGAAAAGACCAAGAAGCAUAUCAGGAACUGUCAGUAGACAAGAGGAAGAACAGAGAAAUAUUUUACCUGACAUGUAUCAUGUUGAUGCCUCUCUGCUAGGACAUAACAUCAACGGUACUCAUCACCAUCAGGAAGGUGUUCUAGAGCCAAACAUUGCCUUAGGAGCAGAGGAGAACGGUCUGGAAGUGAUAGUUCCUGAGUUUGAUAACAACUAUACUUAUUUUCCACCUGUCAGUGAACAAGCUAUGAUGCCUGUAGACGAGAGGCCAAUGCUUUACGGACCAAACCCUAACCAGGAGUUGCAGUUUGGGUCAGGUUACAACUUCUAUAAUCCCUCUGCAGUGCUUGUGAAUAAUCAGGAACAAGACCUCAUCCAUACGCGGAUAGAAAUGAACGCACCUCGCAGCAACGGAUUUGAGGCCUCAGUAGGUGUAGGUGCACCUGAUGGUUUACAUGAAGACGGUGUAGCAGGAAGAGAUUUGCCUCCUCAGUUUCAGAGGGACAGUAACAUUCUGUCUCCAUUCAAUGACUUGGCGGCGUUUGAUAGUAGCACAUUUUACUCUGGGUUUGAUUCGUAUGGUGCAUUUGAUGAUGACUUCUCAUGGUUUGGAGCUUAGUUUCUUGACAUCUUUGUUGAGAGGUUACAUGGCAUGUGUAUGUCACACACCAAACCAUCAUAGUUUAUAAUCUUUUGGUAUUGUCUUAAAUUUUCUUUUUGCAAGUUAUGUUGCAGGUUCAAAAGAACAUGGCAAUAGUCUGGCUUAGUUUUUUUACUUUUGAAUAACUUGCCAGACACAGCUUUCCCCCAUUGUAAUGUUUGCCAGGGAAAGCAGUGGGUGUAUGUUGUAUUGUUGUGUAUAUUAACCAUGUGAGGAAUUCAUCAAGUUAAA